CGGCAAAAUAAAAAAAUUGUCACAGACAGGGCUCAUUUAAAACACUGUUUUUAUUUAGAAUCUAUCCAAGUCAUUCAUACAAAAUGUACGAACAUGCAGAUAAAACACAGGGACACAUAUGCGGACAUUCAGUUGCAGUUUUAUCUACACAUCAAACGCUAAAAGAGAUGGAAUUUGAGAGAGGAAUUUGGAGUUUUGUUUUGGAUGGGGAAAUUGACAAAAUCAAAGAUUACUUCUUUAAAGGUGGGGAUCCCAACCUCAAAGAUAGCUCUGGCUAUGCCCCAUUGCACUACUCGUGCCGCAGUGGAAACGCUGACAUCACACAAUUGCUUCUUGAGAAUGGGGCUGAUGUGAAUUGUAGAACCAGAUCUGGUGGCGUCACUCCUCUACAUAGGGCAUGUAUGAGAGGGCAUGUAGAUGUUGCAAAAAUCCUCAUGAAGUAUAAUGCCAACAUCAGUGUCCAAGACAAUGAUGGAAAAACAUGUCUUAAUAAAACUGUUGAAAAUGGACACUUAGACGUUAUAAAGAUAUUCCUAUCCCACCCACAAUUUAAGGACAUUAUACAGUAUAAAGACAAUAAAGGGAGAACUUUGAAAGACUAUGGAGAAAAUUUGGAUGAUUCUAAAAAGCAAAAACUUUUAGAACUUUUGUAUAUUAGUGUUGAUACUGGGAGUUAAGAGAGCUUGGUACUCUGGCAUCAAUUUCCAAAGGAGUGCAGCCUGACCUUGAAAUAGGAAAGAUUUAAAUCAGUGAGGCAAAUUAAAAUAGACGAG